AUGCAGGGUCGCUUGCAUCGCGUGCCCUACUCUUUACGUGUAUCUCAAGGUACUAAGAGAUACAGUUUUGAUGAAAGAAGUAAUGAAUCUGUUUUGCUGGAGAAUGCUAUGAGGUUUGAGAGAUAUGUAAGUGAGUUCACGUUUUAUGAUUACAACCAACCUGAAGAUUUGCCUCUACAGCUUAAACAUUGCUUCCACAUAAUCGUUUCUGAUCCUCCCUACUUG